AUGGCAGGAACAGCCUGGACUACACCUGAGCAAAAGGAAUUCCUAGAGACGUACUACAGCGGGUUUCUGUUAGCACAGCUACAGGCCAAGGUUUCACAGUAUUGGGACCCAAUAUACCUUGAAUGGUUCAAAAGGUGGCCUGAACAGAAUGUAGGGAUUGAAAAUACCCUUGCUGGCGAUCCCCAUGCUGGUAGUGACGAGAAUACAAUUCUGCAGGAGGCACUUCAGAAGCGGAGACAGCAAAUAAGGACUUGGUUUAAUUAUAGGUCCCAGCGCAGUGGCCGUUCAGCUGUGAACUCAAUGACUAAAGUCAUCCAGAAGACAUUAACCAACAAAGCCAAAGGAACUCGAGUGCAUACCCCUGCUGAGAUCUUUUCGACUAUUGCCUAUAAGGAAGAGGUACAAGAACAGGUUCAAGAUGCGAUUAAGUCUGGCGAGCUCAUGACUAAACAGGAAAAGUUGUCUGCUGUUUGUAAGCUUACACAUGAAGCAUACAAAGCUGCACCGCCAGAAGUCAAAGCUUUGUGUGAGGAGAAGGUCCAAGAAGAGCGCAAUGUGAAAGUUGCCUGUAAUGUGCAAGAUGAAAAAUUGACGCCUACCAAUAAACAGUAUGUGAUGGCUCUCCAGGAAUGUACCGCACCCAUUGCACAGUUCUUGCAAGUCAUCAAGGACAUGACUGGGUGGGAAUGGACUGUUAUUGGUGCUGGACCUGACCCUGAUCUCGGUGGCCAGCUAAAUGCAAUGAGUUACCAUACAGGAGUGAAUGGAGAUGGUCUCAAUUGGAAGCAAGCUACCCCAAAGUUCAUUGAGAGGCAUCUCAAUCCAUACUUGGAAUUUGUUGGAACAGUGAUCCCAAAACAUAUCAGAAAGUCUUGUGCCAUCGACUUUGUCGCCCCAAUUGCAAACCACGUCCUACCCAUGACUUCAUCUCCCUCAGAUGAAGGAUUUAGUUCCCUGGAAGGUGCCUCAUCAACUCUGGCAUCCGAAACUGCCCUGUAUGCCCCCCUUACACUCUCGGGUGCCUUGUCUCAGGUGCAGGUAAUUUCGUCUUUCAAUGAGACGCUACUAGGCACUGGCCAUGCCUUUGACGACCUAGGCGCUGGCCUUACCUUCGAUGAUGAAAUGACCACUGACUUCAGCACCGACAUCUACUUGUCCCUCAAUCCCUAUGACAACAGUGUAACCAGCACACCAGCAUCUAACUUUGAUUUUGAUUUACCUGGCUACUCUUUAUCAUCUGGGGCAACCACGCCAGCGUCCACUAUGGGAGACUCAUUGCCAGAUCUCUCUUUGUCAUCCGGACUGAUGCCAGACACUCCAAUCACAUCAUGGAGGAAAGAUAUGUACAUUCAACCUGCCUUUGCAACACCCCCUCGCCUUUGCUUCCGCACUACACCCACUAUCACUACCUCAUCGCCAUCUUAUGCCCCCUUCCCAAUAUUAUUAGAAGUCGAGCCUGACUUUCAUUCUUCUACAUAUUCACCUGAUCCUCCGGUGUUUGUUUUUCCAGCUGCCGGAGCAGCUCUGGAUUUGGAGCCGCCAGUAUUAUCCUCUAGUGUUGGGGACUUGGAUUCUUCCCCACCCUCUACUUUUGAGAUUUCACAGGUUCUGGAACAGCCGGCACUCACGGUAUCUUCUGCUAGUGAUUCUGACGGUGUUGGAGACUUAGAGUCUGCUCAGCCGGCACUCACGGUAUCUUCUGCUAGCGAUUCUGAUGGUGUUGGAGACUUAGAGCCUGCUCCUGUGCCCUCCAUUGUUGAGGUCACCCAGGUUUUGGAGCCGCCGGUACUCCUCUCUUCUCUUAGUAGUGCAUCAGGCUCCACUGACAGGCAAAUUGCGUUGCACAAUGACCAUGCACUGGCAUGUGGUCAUUGUGUUACGAGUGUCAACGAUGCAGUUAUUCCUGCUGCCAGUAUUAGGAAGAUGAAGCGUGUGCACCAGCAGACAACACGUUUGGCACAGGCCGAUAACAUAGGUGACUCAAUCGCUCCAAAGAGGAAGAGAAAGGCUAUGUGA